AUGCAGCUGUACGUACGAAAUUGUGCCCUGUGCAAAGCCGGAAAAUCAGAACAUCGAAGAACUGAACAUUGUUCGUUGGAUCCCGACAUUAAUCCCUACCGGAGAUUUGACGCGGAGCGACAAUGUGACUUCUGCACAAAAGAUCACGAGCCUCAUCAGUGCAAGGAAUCUAAGGCAAAUGCGUGUAGUAAUUGUGGUCAUGGAUGGCAUGACAAGCGUGAGUGUAUGUUAGAUCAGAGUUUUGACUCUCAUCUCGAGCAGUUCACUCUCCCUAAAUACAGAGCUGCAAGUCAGGUUCAAAAAGCUCGACCGGAGAUUCGGAGGGAAGAGUGUAGAGAGAAGUACGAUCAAAAGUUCAAGAAAGGACGCUACGCGCAGUCCUCGCCGUCUAUGACAUUGAUAUCUACUCCCUCGAAAUCCGGCCCAUCUGAGAUUGAAACUUCGGCAUCCCGUUCUACGAAAUCUAAUCCUCCAGUACCUAGCCUCUCAGCACCUAGUCCCGCAGCACCUGGCUCGUUCAUUAAUUUGUCUGAACUCAAUAAGAGUUUGCCAAGCCAGCCAAGUCAAUCAUGUCAGACAAGUCAGGCCUCAGGUCGACCCCAGAGUCAAACACAAAGUCAACAGUCUGCAGAUGAAGGAGCUGCAGAUCAAAGCGAAGAGAAGACAGACGCGGAGAUAAGGAAGGAAAAUUGUGAGAAGUGGACAGAGGCAAGUCUUCGCCUGGCCGGAUAUCCUCCUGAUAAUCAACUCCCAGCUUCUGGUAACAGCAAAAUUCGGGCGAACUUUCUUGAAGUUAGAAUCACGAACCCUACCAUUGACCUUCGAAGGUAUCGCGUAGAAUUCGGAAACAUGCCAAACCGUGACCGUGAUGGCAAUAUCACAUCUAGGUCCAUCGUCAAAUCUGACUUGAAGAGAGCUAUGAUCAACCAAAUGUUGGUUGCAAAUCCUCCAGCUGCAGUUUAUGCCACUGAUUUCUUUUGCUACAUAAUCUCGGUUGGAAGACUUUACCCUGAUUGUGGCGAUGCUCUAGGCAAUACUAUCACCAAAAGUCACCUGCUCACCCCUGCGGGCCCAGCUUUAGCUCCGUUAUCCAUGUCAACAAGUCUUGUCUACGAACAUAAUGUCAACCUUGCCGAGUUAAGGCGUUUCGUAAACAGGGCUCCUGGAAGAGACCCGAACUAUCACCCUGGCGAAGAUCUCAAGUCUUUGAACAUUGUAUCUUGGCAGAUGAUAUUUCCGGAUACCUUUCAAGGGGGUCGAUUGGGAAACAAGUUCUACCCUGAAAAUGCGCCAUUCUCUACGGUUAGGGUUCUACCACCGAAUAAUCACCAAAACGGCCCAAAACCGCUCUGGGACCUCUGCGACGGAUUCUUCAGCUCCAUGCGCCCUGGGGAUGGUAAAUUGCUUCUCAAUUUGAACUGCACAACGUCGGCAUUUUUUCAUCAGUGUCUGCUUGAGAAGUGGAUCUCGACUAAGUUCGGAACGCCGUUGCCACUAUCUACAAAUGUGAUUAGAGAGCUGAGAGGUGUUAAAAAAUGGACUGUUACUGGUAUCGAUGCUCAACCGGUCGGCGUGAAAACCUUUACCGACGACAAUGGACGACCUAUCACUGUUUGGCAGCAUAUGACGAAUACAUAUCCUGGGCACCAGCAAGGUUGUAGUCCAGAGGCUUGGUGUGUCAAUGUAGGAAGUAUCGUGCUAGGGCAGAGACAAAUAUGGUACCCAGCAGAUAUGCUAAAAAUUUGCUGGUGGCAGCCCGCUGGAAAGAAGGCCGGGAUAGAAAUCACCCAACAAAUGCUGCGUCUGGCAACCAAGACACCUCUAGUUAAUCAGGCAAGUCUUAAAAACACUGCUAUACCUCUCCUGGCCUACUACCAUCACCUGAUCAUUACCAUAGUCCGACAACUGGCUCCCCCUCAGCUGAAGUUCCGUAGUGAAAAUCCUGUGAGAACUGCUCCGAACAAUCCAGCAAGUUGGACUCUCAACGAUGUUGCAAAUGGUCGAGGCUUUGCUGUAAUCGGCAACCCCUAUCGUGUUCUCUAUUUGAUCUAUAUUGAUACAAAGCAUCGAAAUCAGGCACGCGAGACAAGAGCGACGGAUUUUGCUCGCGUCUUAUGCGCGGAUCUGCACCGCUACGGGUUUUCCACAGGAAAUAAUGCAAGCUUCAUGGAGAGUGUUCCGAUGUCAGCAAUCGCAAAUCCUACUGUGAGGCGCACAGCUUUCAGUGCUACUUUGGAUGGUGCAGUUGCUAGAUUGAAGCAACGGGGUGGAGGGGUCGAUCCUCCGCUUGUCGUUGUUCUCUUGCCCAAUGCCAAGAAGGGUGGCGCCGACCUGUACUCAGAUGUCAAAUGGUGGGGCGAUUGUAUCAGUGGAAUUCCCACUGUUUGUGUUAGCACAGAUGGUGUUGAUAGAGGUGCUAGACCUGAUUUGGGAUUAAUGGCAAACAUUGCUCUUAAGAUCAACUUUAAGCUAGGAGGAAUAAAUCAUAGAAUAGCAAAUAUACCGCUACGAGACCGAACGAUGAUCAUGGGUGCUGACGUAACGCAUGUUGGGAAGGGUCAAGACGACGCAUGUCCAUCUCAAGCUGGUGUUGUUGCUACCCGCGAUAGCAAUUAUGUGCAUUAUCUCGCUUCAGCACGUCUGCAGCCCCAUAAUACCGAGUUCAUCGAAGACCUCCAAGGUAUGGUCGAGGAGCGUCUAGAGGCUUAUCAUCAGUACAAUGGCUAUCUUCCUGCCCACAUUCUCUUUUACCGUGAUGGCGUUGGUGAAGCCCAAUACGGUAUGGUACUCGAAGAAGAACUUCCACAAGUUCGUGCAGCGUGUGCGAGUUUAGUCGCAAAAUAUGGAGAGGUUUCCCCCUUGAUCACACUACUGGUGGUAGGAAAGCGGCAUCAUGCAAGAUUCUUCCCGGACAAUAAUAAGCAGCCGAGUCGAAAUCUUCCCUCCGGUACGGUAGUGGACAGGGGCGUUGUCGAUCCCAAUCGCACAAACUUCUACCUACAGAGCCAUGAUAGCGCACUAGGAACUGCGAGGACAGGUCACUAUGUGUUGAUUGUUGACGAGAUCGGAUAUGGGCUUGGACAAUUGGAAACGAUCACAAACCUUAUCUGCUUUACGGGAUCUCGCGCUACGAAAGGUCUCUCGAUCUGCACACCAGCAAAAUAUGCAGAUAUCCUGUGCACUCGCCUCCGCUGUUACAUGCAUCCUGCUUUGCACAGAGAAAUGGAGACUACCCUAACUAAUGCGACGGUCACUCAGUAUCGACAGAACUCCACAAUCUGGAACAGUGCUGCUGGAAAUCCAUGGCAUCAUAAUAUCAAUAAUAUAAUGUUUUAUCUUUGA